AUGUCUAUGACGGUUGAGGACUGCGCCGUGGUGCGGGAAGGGUUCCCCCGCCCGUUUCCAACGACCCCGUCAAAGGUUCUCGAGCAGUUUCGGCUGCACGGGAAAGUCGUGGUUGUCACUGGCGCGGCAGACGGAAUCGGCCUGGCAGUCGCAGACGCCAUGGCAGAAGCCGGUGCGAACGUCGCGCUAUGGUACAACUCUAACGAUGCCGCCCUGCAACGAUCCCAAGAGUUGGCUCGGGACUACAAUGUAAAGACUGUAGCGUACAAAGUUGAUGUGUCCGAUGCUACUCAAGUGGAGGAGACCAUAUCCAAGGUGGUUCAUGACUUUCGGAAGAUUGAUGUCUUCAUCGCCAACGCUGGCAUGGCCAUCUCAAAGCCAAUUCUUGAACAGACUUUGGACGAAUACAGGAAGCAAAUGUCUGUCAAUGUCGACGGCGUCGUCUUUUGCGCCAAAUAUGCCGGCGAGGUCUUUCGCAAGCAAGGAUUUGGCAACUUGAUUGUGACAUCCAGCAUGAGCGGUCACAUCGUCAAUGUGCCGGUUGAUCAGCCCGUCUACAACGCGACCAAGGCCUGUGUUACGCACUUCGCCAAGUCUUUGGCCCGUGAAUGGCGGGAGUUCGCCAGGGUGAAUAUCGUUUCGCCCGGGUUCUUCGAUACGAAGAUGGGGGCUAGUCCGCUCGCACUCAACGAGGCAUAUCGCAUGUCGGCUAUGGGGAGGCAGGGCCAUGUCAAGGAGAUCAAGGGCUUGUAUUUGUACUUGGCGAGCGACGCCUCGACGUACAUGACGGGGAGCGACGUUCUUAUAGACGGGGGGUAUGUACUGCCGUAG